GAUUGGGUGAUUAAUGAUAUUUUGAGCGCAUUUUUUAGCUGGUCUUCAAUUGCUAUACCGGCUACUUGGCCUGUUAAGUACUCUUCAGUUAACAUUCAGCUACAAAUAAGUAGUAGUAUUUUUCGCUAGCUGUAAUACCAUGGCCCUUAUUUGAUUUGGAAAUUCAAAUAGCCUUCAGUUUCUAUAAUAUAAGCUUAAGGAGCAGAUAUAAACAUACCGACCAGCACAUUUUUAUUUUAUUCAGGAUAGAAGAUAUUUUGGCGGGAUGAAGGUGGUACUCUUUCUGUUUUUAAUAGUGGGGUGUUUUGCCACUCAUGACUCAAGUCUGGAUCCUGCAGAAUACGAUAUGCGAUUCUACGAUUACUUCAGGUCACAAGAAGACUACAGUCCUUGCAAACAAGAGGUGCCAAAUUGUGCUAAGUGUUUACGGAAGAAAUCCUGUACAUGGUGUAGUGAUAGUGAAGAGUCUGGUGGCGUUUGCAAGUCAAGCCGACACUGUUCUUCAAGAGACCAGCUCGCUUGCCAAGAAAACAACCUCGAAGACCAACUUAAAGAUUUAUACCAGGCUGAGAGAUCUUACGUUCUUGAUGUUAAGGACGUGACUCUGAACGCAAGCUUCCUAUGCCACCUUAAAACCAACUGUUCAACUUGUACCAACUUGGAAUUCUGUGCUUGGUGUAAAACAAAGCAAUCCUGUAUCCCUUAUUUUGGUGCUUCUACUACAGAUUCUUGUGGCAGCAAAUCAUGGUACAAAAAUCAGUGUACUUAUUCUGGGUUUACCACACCGUGUCACGAACGUAAACCAAAUUGCAAAGACUGUACAUCUGAUGGCGUUUGUUACUGGUGUGAGUCGAGUAAGGUGUGUGGCUAUUACCCCCGAGAUGGCUUCAAGCCUGCUAACUGCUCGACAGACCAAUGGUACUACAAAAGUUGCUCACAUGUGAAGGAAAUCAUUGUACUGCUUCCUAUAAUACUAUUCAUCUUGACCCCAAUACUCGCCUAUGCUGUAAUGUAUUGUAUACUACGUCUGCUAAAAAGGGAAGGCUAUACUAGAUUGGACGAUUCUGAUACGAGUGAUGAUGAUGAUGACAUGAAGCGAAGGCCAAUCAUGCUACGUCACGGAUCAACUGGUGGAAAAACAGACAAGCUAAGGAAGAAAUACAACUUGAAUAACAAGUAGAAUGUAGACACUUUCAUUUACUGCAUAUCACUAUGCCCUGAUUUCUUAUGCAAUUUAAAAAAGGAGGAGUACAUAAAGCAUCCAUCUCUGUAAUUUUACUGGUUAAUUGGGUGAUAAGGGUAUAAAAUGGAAAUAAACCAAUAGAAAACUUUUGAAAUUCUGAA